AUGUCCCGGGCGCGGGGCAGCCCCGGAAACGGGGGCGCGGGGGCGGCGGCGGCCACGGCGCGACCUCUCACCCGGCGGCGGAAGUGGCGGGAGCGCGCGGGCGCGCGCCCGGGCGGCACGGGAGGAACCAGUGCCUCUAGCGGGAGGGAGAUGCCUGCCGGAACCAUGGAGCUAAGUCUGUCCUUAAACGCCUCCAGGGACGGUGAGUCUGCCGCCUCCCUGGGCAGAGCGUGCAACACCUUCUUGGAGAGGGUGGGCACGGAGAGAAUUGAGGCUGAAACAGGGGUCCCGCUCCGGCGCAGGGACCCGGCGGCUGCGGGCAGCGCUCGGGGGACGGGGCCGCUCUCCACCGGCCCUGGGGGCAGCCGGGGCGGGCGAUCCGGGGGGAUCCCGACCGGAUCCCGGCGGCGGGGCCGCGGAUCAGCACCACGGACAGCGCCCGGCGGCGCCUCCCAGGCGCGGCUGGACCGGGACGCGAGCCCGGCACCGGGAAGCGGCACCGCGCACCGGCGGCUGCGGGCAGGACCCUCCCGGGACAUCACCGCCCACCCGGAGGCACCGAGGCGGCGCUGGAUGUUGGCCGGGGCCGGGUUCUCACCCAGUGCUGACGACGGUGGGCUUGGAGCUCUGGGCAGGUUUUACGUGACCUCACGGGGGCUGCACAGGCAAACUGUGCUGCAGGCAGGAAUGAACCCCCACGUUCCCUGGGAGGAAUCCCUGGGGUCCCAGCAGGAUGCAUUAACAGCACGUCUCUCCAGUGAGCCGUGAUGGGAAGAGCACGGAGCAAAAAAAAAAGAGAACCGAAGAACCGAUCUCUCGAAGGAUCCUGGCUGGCAGCGGUAUCACCAUCUGACUGAAGAGAACUCAGCCACACGCAUAAUCCUCGGGAAAAUUCAUCUCCACCCUCCCGCAGACCCCGGUGAGAGCCCUUGAAGUGGUAAUUAAAGUCUAUUGAGUGGCAACUGCA